AUUACAUCUUCCAACUUGGUAUCAGACUAAUUUUUCGAUCCUCUCCCAUGGCUUCUUCUUCCAAAAGCUCUUUUCACCCCGCUCUUGCGGUCACCUCCAUCAAAAAUUUAAUUCCCCUCAUCCUUGACACCGAAAAAGUCCAGUAUUCUUCUUGGGCGGAACUCUUUAAGAUUACCGCCCGUGCAUACGAUGUUUUGGAUCACAUCAUCCCUCCGACGAACAAACCCGCCCCUACUUCCGCCGGCAAGGGGGAUGACACCGAUGACGACUCCGACGAUGCCACCGUCUCCGUCGACCCUCUUCUCUGGGAUCGCUUGGACGCCGUUGUCCUCCAAUGGAUAUAUGGCACCAUCUCCCAAGAUCUCUUACUUACAAUUCUUGAACCAGACUCUACGGCCAUGGAAGCAUGGACCCGAUUGGCCAACAUCUUUCAGGAUAAUAAGCACGCUCGUGCGGUGCACCUUGAGGACGAAUUCUCUCACGUUCGUUUGGCCAAUUUUGCCUCUAUUUCAGCCUACUGCCAGCAACUCCGCACCAUUGCCACCAAUCUCGCCAACGUUGGUGCUCCGGUCGAUCAUAAUCGGCUGAUUUUGCGAUUGGUCAACGGGCUCACCGCACCAUUUGCCACGAUUGCUUCCAUGAUCCAGCAAACGGUCCCCCUUCCGACGUUCGAAAACGCCCGCUCCAUGCUUCUCCUGGAAGAAGGCCGGCAAGCACAUAGCGUUGAGCAUGAGUCAGUACCCUCCGCUUCGGCUCUUGCCGCCACCGUUCCGCCACCUGCACAGCCGCCUACUCCUGCUCCCCGCCCGCGCGGCGGCGGCCGCAACGGCACUGGCCGUGGUAGGGGUCGUGGACGCCAAUCUGGUCCUCGUCCGUCUGACCAGUCCGCAUGGCCGCAAUACCCAGGUUCUCCAUGGGCCUUCCCUCCUUGGGCCGCAUGGAUGCAGCAAUUCUGGCCGACACCUCCAUGCCCUUACCCUACUGCCCCUGGACAUAAUACUCCACCCAGGUCUUCUUCUGCCGGUCUUUUGGGUCCUCGUCCACAUGCACUUACUGCCGGUUAUGGAUACCCAACAAUCCCUACGGGUUCCACACCAAGUUUUAUGCCCACAGAUCUUCACACAUCCAUGCAUACCAUGUCUCUCAAUCCCCCGGAUGACAAUUGGUACAUGGACACCGGGGCAACUUCUCACAUGACCUCGGACGCAGGAUCUUCGUACAGGAACCCCACUCCUCAGGUGUAACAGUCAAGGCGAUUUGUACCCAGUGUGUCAGCCUCCCCGUCACACUUUCGCUGGUCUUUCAUCCACUAUAUGGCAUAACCGACUUGGUCAUCCCGGCGCACCCAUUUUUCGUAGUCUUAGUCAAAAUAGUUUCAUUGAUUGUAAUAAAGCAUAUGAUGCUAUUUGUCCUUCUUGUCAAAUGGGGAAACAUCAUAAAUUACCUUUUUCCCCAUCAUAUUCUUAUACACAUGCUCCUUUUGAUAUUGUACACAGUGACUUGUGGACUUCACCCAUUUUAAGUUCCACUGGUCACCGGUAUUAUAUUUUGUUUCUUGAUGACUUUACCAAUUUUCUUUGGAUUUAUCCACUCUCUCACAAAUCUGAUGCAUUCUCCAAAUUUGUACAUUUUAAUACGUUUGUUCAAAAUCAAUUUGGACUAUCUAUUAAAACGUUACAAUGUGAUAAUGGUCGUGAAUAUAAUAACUCAUUAUUUCACACUUAUUGCUCUAACUAUGGCAUCUCUUUUCGCUUCUCCUGCCCCUACACCUCCCCUCAAAAUGGCAAAGCCGAACGAAAAAUUCGUUACAUUAAUAAUGUCACCCGCACACUUCUCCUUCAUGCGUCAGUUCCACCAAAAUUAUGGCCUCAUGCCGUCCUUAUGGCCACUUAUUUACACAAUAUUCUUCCAUCCAAAUCCCUCUCCUAUACCUCACCCACACUCGCCUUAUAUCGCAAACAACCAUCUUACUCUCACUUACGUAUCUUUGGUUGUCUGUGUUAUCCCCAUAUUCCCACCCCGCAUAAACUUGCUGCCCGUACAAUUCCAUGUGUUUUCUUGGGCUUUCCGUCUCAACACAAGGGAUAUAAAUGUCUUGACAUAAACUCCGGCCGCAUCUUUAUAUCUCGUCAUGUUAUAUUUGACGAGUCCAAAUUUCCGUUUCAACAACCCAAUCCUCCACCUGCACCGUCAUACGAGUUCCUACAUGACUCACCCUCUCCCUUUAUUAUUUCUCACCUCACACCCAUCUUAUCCCACAGCCCCACAUCUGACUUGCCCCAUUCUCCUCACAUUAAACAUACGGCCCCCAUAUCACCUUUAUCUCAUCAACCUACUGCCCCAGCACAACCUGCUGCCAGUACAUCCAAUCUUCCAGCCCAUCAUACUACUCUUACCAACCAUUCCACCCACCCAAUGACAACCCGUAGCAAAGCCGGCAUAUUCCGUCCAAAGCCGACUUAUAAUCUCAAUUCUCAACAUACCAAUUCCCCAAUAUCCUCCCCCCUACCCAAAUCCCACGUUGAUGCCCUCCGUGAUCCCAAUUGGAAAUCGGCUAUGAUUUCCGAAUUUACGGCUCUUAUUAAUAAUAAGACGUGGGAGUUGGUUCCCCGUCCUUCUAAUGCUAAUGUUAUUCGGUGCAUGUGGCUAUUUAAGCAUAAAUACAGGUCCGACGGGAGUCUUGAACGUCACAAAGCUCGCUUGGUCGUCAAUGGCAAGUCCCAACGUCCGGGUAUUGAUUGUGAUGACACCUUCAGCCCGGUAGUCAAACCGGCCACCAUACGUACCGUACUCAGUAUUGCUCUUUCCAACAAUUGGCCACUUCAUCAACUUGACGUAAACAAUGCCUUCCUCCAUGGCUUUCUUGAUGAGACUGUUUAUAUGCAUCAGCCGCCCGGGUUUAAAGACUCGUCACGGCCCUCCGAUGUGUGUCUUCUUAAAAAAUCUUUAUAUGGGUUAAAACAGGCUCCAAGGGCUUGGUAUCAUCGCUUCGCUUCUCAUGCUACCAAAUUGGGUUUUCAUCACAGCAAAGUUGACCACUCCUUAUUUAUCUACCAUCACAACGGCGCUACUGCAUACCUUUUGCUCUAUGUCGACGACAUUGUUCUCACAGCUUCUUCCCCCACACUACUUCGCACACUCAUUUCUCAGCUGGGUGCCGAGUUUUCCAUUAAAGAUUUGGGCUUACUCACUUUUUUUCUCGGCAUUGCAGUCACUCGCCGCCCUGGAUGUCUCCUUUUAUCUCAACAAAAAUACGCCACAGAAAUCAUCCACCGGGCAGGCAUGUCAUCGUGUAAACCCACAUGCACACCAGUAGACACUAGCUCCAAACUGAGCGCCGAUGACGGCCCACCAGUGGCGGACCCUACUCUUUACCGCAGCCUCGCCGGUGCACUCCAAUACCUUACAUUUACCCGUCCUGAUAUAUCUUAUGCCGUCCAACAAGUUUGCCUUCACAUGCAUGACCCCCGGGUUCCUCACUUUGAUGCCCUAAAAGGCACGCUGGACUACGAUCUUCACCUUCGUCCUACCACCACGGCCGGUUUGGUUGCAUAUAGUGACGCCGACUGGGGCGGUUGCCCCGACACCCGCCGGUCCACGUCUGGCUAUUGUGUAUUUAUGGGUGACAACCUCAUUUCAUGGUCUUCCAAACGACAAACUACUAUUUCCCGCUCUAGCGCCGAAGCCGAAUACCGGGGUGUCGCCAAUGUUGUGGCCGAGUUAUGUUGGCUCCGGAAUCUUCUGCUUGAGCUUCGUCACCCCAUUUCCAAAGCAUCACUCGUCUAUUGCGACAACGUUAGUGCGAUAUAUAUGUCUCAGAAUCCGGUCCAACAUCAACGCACCAAACAUAUUGAAAUGGACAUCCAUUUUGUUCGUGAACGUGUAGCUCUUGGUCAUGUACGUGUUCUUCAUGUUCCUUCUCGAUUCCAAUAUGCUGACAUAUUCACCAAGGGCCUUCCACGUGUGUUGUUUGAAGAGUUUCGAUCCAGUUUGAAUGUUCAAUCAUCCCACGUUCAAACUGCCGGGGAGUGUUAGACAUAUUAAUCACAUAAUAUGUCACAUACAUACAUACUAUACACAUGCAUGGUACAUGCGUACGUACCAAACUCCCCACCAAAGCCGCACACGCCUCUCCUGUAGCUUGUUAUUAUUAUUAAUGUGUACACUUAUCCAGUAGUUUAGUUGUACUACGUUUCUUAUACUUCGGAGUUUCAUUAAUUGUAUGACCGAUCAAUAGUCAUCGGAUCCAAUUGUACAUAGACUAUUUAUAGUCGAUUAAUACAUCACGAUGCUUCACGAUUAA